CUACAUCGACGAAGUCAGUAUCGAAGCACCAUUGACUGAAGCAGUAACAAUGAAUAUUACAAGUUUUCUUGAGGAGUGGUUAGGUCCCGGAUUCGUAGCAAACGCUUACAUAAACUUGGACACAUUAUACAAUGCAGUUCGUGUUUACUAUGUAAUAAUACCAAUGAUAUUUCUGACGGCGUUGGCGCAAUUAAUUAGCCAACUGCUUGUUGACCACGUCGGUGUCUCUAAAUAUGUACGAUAUAUGACUGAGUUUGUAGUGAUCGUGAUACCAAUUCUCUUCCUUACGUUGAAGUUCCAUGAACAAGCCGGCUAUGUGACAAUAGUUUGCAGUGUGAUUUUAUUGGUUUUACUAUUGAAAACGCUAAUAAUGAAACCACGGAGACGAGUGUAUGUCACCGGUAGUCGUCGACCGCACGCAUAUGCGCUGAAUCGCGCAAUAGUCUAUGUAAUUGCAACAUUGGGCUUGGCUGCACCGCGCUUCUUAGAUCUACCGACAUAUUUCAAAGAAACAUAUAGCUAUGGUGUUGGGUUUUUGGAUGUAGACGUUGGAUUGUAUAUUUUUGCGAUAGCUACCAUUAAGCGAACUGGCGUAGGAAAAUCUCCGAUGACCUCUGCUCCACGCUUUUUUCUACCGAUGUUGUUGCUCUCUUUUGUGCGUAUGGUAAUCAUACUGAUAAAUAAAGACAACGAUGAUAAUCCAAUAAGUUUGCAUGAGAAUUACUACUUUCUAUUUUCUUUAGUAGUAAUGUUUGGCUCCAUUAUUUGUGAACAUGUAAAGAGUCCAAAAAUGCGCAUACGCACCGGUUUAAUUAUAUUGCUUUGUCAUGAAAUCAUUUUGCAAACAGUCAGCGGUGAAUACUUAUUGUCUACGACAGCUUGGCGAUUUUAUUUCCUUACCGCGCUGAAGGAGGUAUACUUAUCGAUUCCUGGAUUUAUGGGACUUUAUUUGAUGUCGGUUGGCGUUGGUGACAAAAUACGAACACGAAUAAAACAUUUAACAGGCAGGAUGUUUAUAAAAAGACUGGUAGCGAUAUUGGAGCCAUGUGCUUCCUUCUGGGCAAUGACACUUAUUUGCAUAUUUACAACCUCCAUUUCGCGUAUUUCCUGCAAUACUGGCUAUGUGGCAUGGAUUAUGGCCGUUGGCUGCACCAUGACCUUAAUGCACAUGUUGGUUUUCAGUUUUAUUUUCAACGCGAUCAGGUAUAACGAGGACAAUUUCAGUGAGGAAGAAAUAAAUGUAGUUCCCGAGUUUGUAACGAUUAUAAAUAAGAAUGGUGUAUUGUGUUAUAUACUCGGUUAUUUGUUAGCAAUUAGUAUAAACAACUUCAUGGCGCCGAAAAAUCGUAGUGAGAACGAAGCCUUUUGUAUUUUAACCGUAUUUAUGUUUAUUAUGGCGCAAUUCUCAUAUCUUAUAAAUAAUGUGACUAUUUUCGAUUUGUAAAUUAUUUAAUAUAUAAUUUAGGCACAUAUUGUUUUUGAAUGAUAGCAAAGUUUUUAGGAGUAACCAUUUUGUCCCACUUUGUCGAAAUGUAUCCUUUCUUUGGCAUGCGAAAAGAUAUUAUUUUGACUGUGGGCUUUGCUGAUUUUCAAAUUCUAAUAUUUGUUAUUUCUAAAAGCGCGUUGGUUAUUUUUCAACAUAUUUCAAAUUAAUGUUAAAGAUUUUGCUAGCCCAAUGGACUAAUAAAAUUUUUAACUUAAUGA